AUGGAUUUUGUGACGGGGCUGCCCAGUACUCCCAAAGGACGUGAUACAAUUUGGGUGAUUUUUAAUCGGUUGACGAAAUCAGCUCAUUUUGCUCCGAUUAAUAUCAGUUUUCCUGUGCCAAAGUUGGCGGAGAUUUAUAUCCGUGUGAUUGUAAAGCUUCAUGGUGUUCCGUCAAGUAUUAUCUCAGAUAGAGAUCAGAGUUUUACCUUUAAGUUUUGGAAAACUUUGCAUGAUGCUUUGGGCUCUAAAGACUAUCGAAAAGGUGAAACUAAUCAGAGAGAAGAUGAAAUCUUCCCAGAGCAGGCCAAAAGUUACCAUGAUAAGAGGAGGAAAAAUCUUGAAUUUCAAGCGAGAGACCAUGUGGGGGCUGUUGCAUAUAGAGUGGCUUUGCCACCUAAUCUUUCGAAUUUGCAUGAUGUGUUUCAUGUUUCGCAACUCCGAAAGUAUAUUUUAGAUCCCUCUCAUGUGAUUCUGAUGGACGAUGUGCAAGUGAGAGAUAAUCUUAUAGCUGAGACGGUACCUGUACGGAUCGAGGAUUGUCAAGUAAAGAAGAUGAGGGGCAAGGAAAUUUCUCUAGUAAAGCUUGUUUGGGGAGGAGUUGUUGGGGAUAAUGCGACGUGGGAAUUAGAAAGUAAGAUGCGAGAGUCGUAUCCAGAGAUGUUUGCAUCAAAUUUGUGA